CAGGGUGACCACUCCCCUGGGCUGACUUUCCCACACACCCACAAAUAGCCCAGCCUCAGGAGUCAGCCUGCAUUCCUGCAACCGACUGGCUGGGUCCUGCUCCCCACUUCUCAGGCAGCAAAGCUCUCUUGGAAGAGCUGGAAAGGUGUCCGACUCCAGCCAUGCUGCCGCUGCUGUGCGCCUGCUUGCUCUUGGUGGCCGGCGCCUCGGGCGGCUCAGAUGUGUCCGACGCCAGUUGCAAUAUGGAGGAACAGAUCCGCGACCUGCAAGCCAAAGUGACGGAGAUCUUGCAGGUGGUGACCGGGCAGCGGGCGGCGGGCGGAGGCGGCCCGGACGCCACGCUCCACGCCUCCUGCCACGUGCGGCCAUCCUCCACUCUGGACGCCGCGGCGCCCCAGGUGACCGGCCUCGUGCUCUUCCGGCAGCUGGCGCCCGGCGCCCGGCUCGAGGCCUUCUUCGAGAUGGAGGGCUUCCAGGCCGAGCCCAACGGCUCCAGCCACGCCAUCCACGUGCACCAGUUCGGGGACCUGAGCCAGGGCUGCGACUCCACCGGGCCGCACUACAACCCGCUGUCCGUGCAGCACCCGCAGCACCCGGGCGACUUCGGCAACUUCGCCGUGCGCGACGGCGGUCUCUGGAAGUACCGCCCCGGCCUCGCCGCCUCGCUCAGCGGCCCAUACUCGAUCGUGGGCCGCGCCGUGGUGGUGCACGCGGGCGAGGACGACCUGGGCCGCGGCGGCAACCCUGCCAGCCUGGAGAACGGCAACGCUGGCCGUCGUCUGGCCUGCUGCGUGGUGGGCUUGUGCGGCCCCGCGCCCUGGGCGCGCCAGGCGCAGGAGCACGCGGAGCGCAAGAAGCGGCGGCGAGAGAGCGAGUGCAAGGCCGCCUGAGUGCGCUCCAUCCUGCAGGCGGCGGGCGGGGGAGCCCUGAGGUUCCUCAGCCCCCUUCCACGCCGCGACACCCCUCCGAGCGCCCCAGGCCCCGACCCCACCUUGACUUUCUCCCUCCGCGCCCAGAGAUACCUCCUACCCCCAGGGUCUCUCCCUUCUGCCAUCGCUGAGGUCUCCCCCCCAAAUCCCUUCCGCCCUGAAGUCUCCAACCAUUUAUGCUGAGGCGCCACCCCCUAUCUAGAGGGCAGCCCUCACCCUUGGAGCACCCCCCCACACACCCCCAGCUCUGAGAACCUCCCUUACACAUCUACCAUAUACGCCACCUACCCUGAGGGUCUCCUAGACUCUUGAGGUCCCUUUCCACCCUGACACCCCUGCCCUCAUCGCAUGAGACCUGAGAUACCUCUAUGCCCUAAGGACCCAACUUCCCCACCCUUUAGGAUCCUCCUAGGUGCUCCUGAAGCUGCCUGGGGUCCUCCCACCCCACCCAUGAUUAAUAUGUGCUCUGCAGUUAGGCGCUGAUGCCCACAGCCUUCAGCUGUUUCUCGUCCCCGCCCCCCUGCAGAGGGCAGCUCCCCGUUGGGGGCUGUUUGGCAAUCUUCGUGUUGCUCAUUAAAAACUCAGCAACUCAGUACUGCAUCAGGGCCUCGGUUACCUUUUUUGUUUGUUUGAGGCUUCUCUCCUGGGCUCAGUUACUAUUUGGAAAUAGCAAAGAUAUUUCCCAAAUCCUGCUAAGGACUUCUUAUCCUUCUCCCCAAUUCUGCUGUCAACCAUGUUUAAGUCACUGAUUGUCGUGGGAAGUGAGAAAAAAAAAAUCAGCUUCCUGGGCUACCUCCCAGAGCUGUGGUACCCAACAGGAGAGAAGGAAAUCUAUUUCCAAUAAGCUUCUGGUGAUGCUGACACGAGAGCCACUGGCCUGGCCUGAGGUGAGUGCCAACUUAUCUGGGCCCUGUGGCUUCUCACAUCUUCCUCUCAGUGCAGCCUGAGGUCCAUUUCCCAGAUGGCAAAGACAGGGCUAGUGAAGCAGCGUCCCUGGGCAAGUUACAGGGAGGCUGGUGUUGGCGUCUGAAGUUAUCAGCCUUCUCCACAACCAGUAAUGCUUCUCUUCUUGACAUGAAGGCCGUUGGAAGCAGAGGGGUCCAAAGGCAGGCUGAUGUUGAUUGAAGGCUUGUUGGUGUGUCAGCCUCUUUUUGAAAAUUCUAAUCUACACACAAACUAGGUCAGUUUUGUGUAUCCACCUUCACUUACUGAAUAAAAGUAUUCAUAAUAAUAACUUUUUAACCUCCUGGGCAGACCCAGUUCAUAGCUGCGGCUUCUCCACCCUGGUUACGUGGAUGCAGCUUCCAUUUCUCCCAGACCUCCUAAGGCGGUGAGUCAAACGGAACCUGUCAGAAACCCAUCCCCAGUGGUAAUUUUUACCUCUUCCAGGGACUAACUUGUUACUGAGAAAUCUUCACUGAAACCCAAGCAAUCACUGGAGAGAAAGGCUAUUGCCUAGUAACUUUGCUCCACCAGCAGGUUCCCACUGGUUUGAAACAUGAACUUGAACUGUACAGGUCAGCACUGAAAGCGAAUUAUCAAACUGAGUCUUGAAACAUCUUGAUCUCAAAUAGAUACAUUUGCCUAUCUCCACAAUUAAAAGUUGUGAAACAAGGCAGCAAUUACAGAGGGACACACAAUGGAGAGGAGUAAAAUACCAAAUGUGCCAUCUUCGACUCUGCUGCCCAGAUGACAGGUUAAUUCAAGAUCACCAAGAGAGAUUUGGACUUAUUUGUCAGAAGGGGGCUGGUAUGUCUCAUCAUGUAUCUUUUGUCUUAGUCCAUUUGGGCUGCUAUCACAAAAUACCACAGACUGGGUAGCUUAGAAACGACAGAAAUUUAUUUCACAGUUCUGGAGGCUGGAAGUCCAAGGUCAUGGCAUCAGUAUGGUUGGGUGAGAGCCCUGUUUGGGGUUCAGAGAUGAUGAUUUUGCUGUGUCCACAUGGGGUGGGAGGGGCGAGGGGUCUCUCUGGAGCCUCUUUUACAAGCCACUUAUCUCAUUCAUGAGGGCUCCCCUUCAUGACUUUGGGACAUCCCGAAGGCCUCACCAUCUACUGCCAACAUCUUUGUGCCUUGGGAUUUCAAUAUAUAAAUUUGGGGGGGACACAUUCAGACCAUAGCACCUUCUGUUCUUAGAUUCUUUCUUCACUACCCUCAGUCUCCCCCAAACGAAAGAGAUACCCUAGCAGACCCACUCCUUUGUAUUGUUUAUUAAUGGGAACUCUAUUGAUAAACUCCAUUCUGUGGGGUUCCAGAGCCAAGAAAGAGAGAGGAAAUAAUAGGAGGACAAAUUACAGUUCACUGUCAGGACAAAGGAAUGCAUAUAGCAUGGUGGUUGACAGCUCAGGCUCAGGUAGGAGGCAUGUUUGGAACCCCAGGACUGCCAAACUUACAAGCUGUGUGACCUGGGCAAUUGACUUCACCUCUCUGGGCCUGGGUUUUCUCAUCUGUUAAAUAAGACUAUCCAAUUGGAUUAUUGUGAGGAUGGAAUCUAGUGCUAUUCAUCAGAGGUGUACAGCAUAGCAAGAAGACCUAACGAUCUAAUAAGUGUCUAAUUAAUAACAAUGGCUAAGGUCAGAAAAAUGCCUACAUAAGAAUGGACUGGACUGCUUUGUAAGGUAGUGAGUGUCAUGCAACUAGAAGGAUUCAAAUAAAGAAAUGGUUGCCACCUCUUAGGUUUGUAAGAAGGAAUUCUGCAUCCAUUAAGAGGCUGGCUGAGAGAAACUCUGUGAUCCCAGCUCUUGGGGGGAGGACAUCUCAGAUGAAGAAAAGAUUGUGGGCCAUAAAUGCAGACAUCUGGUUCUUGGCACAGAACCUGAUGUGUGCCACCAAAUGUGCCCUUUGGACCCCACUUGGCCCCUGGAGGCUAUUUUUACCCCUUUCCUCUUACAAAUCUAUUUUGUUAAUCUCUUUACACUUGCUGUUUUGAGUUCCCAGCCAGCUUGCUAAUCAGUUUGCCUAUUUGACUCACAGGGUUUGCAUUUGUCACUGAGACUUAAACACACACUUGUUUUGAUUUCUUUUUGUAAAAUUAGAAGCGUUUGAUGUAAUGACCCUACCUAGAUGCAGCUGGUGAAGUGAGAAUAAUGCUCAAGUUUGCACAGUUUAAACACAAUGUAGACAAUAAUUAGAAAUGCUAUCUUUAGAUGUUUAGGAUAAGCUUUUUCUCAGAAUUGCAGUGAAAUUUUUUCUGCAUGGGGCUUUUCAGUGCAUAUAUAUAUAUAUAUAUAUAUAUAUAUAUAUAUAUAUAUACAGAAAUACUAAAAACGUUAAGAAAAUAGAGCAAAUCAGUGAAUGCUUUGGUCAACUUGAAAGACUACAGGAAAUAAACCAACUGAUUUUA